AUGGCGAUAAUUCACCAGACCAUCCAAGUCCCGCACCUGGGCGGCAUCACGGCCGGCUAUGCCCUUUCCAAUGGCGGCAAGUACGACAGCAGCAAGCCCACCGUCGUCUUCAUCAACAGCAUGAACACGACGGUGGACCUGUACCAGAAGCAGUUUGAAAGCAGUGCCCUGACCGAAGCUGCCAACCUGCUGGCCAUUGAGCCCCUCGGCCAUGGAGCCACUUCUUGCCCGUCCGACCAGUUCACGUACUGGGACACUGCCACGAUGGCGUUGCAAGUCAUUGAAAAGCUCGGCAUCGACAAGGUCUUUGCCGUGGGCACCAGUCAGGGAGGAUGGAUGGUCGUUAGAAUGGCGCUGUUGGCUCCGGAAAAGGUCGUUGGACUUCUUCCCCUCGGCACGUCGAUGGACUGCGAGUCGGCGGACUCCCGAUCCAAGGGCUGCUGGGACCCCAAGACACUGCUCAUGCCCAAGUACGAACAGUGGUGCAGCCCGGUUCCGACCCCUGAUUUCGUCGUCGAUGAUGAGUGGUGCGGCAUGGUCGGUAGCCUUGGGUUCGGCAGCGGCGUGUCCGCCGAGACGAUUCAGUUCUGGCAUGAUGUGCUGAAGCGCGUCUACCGGGGCGAUGAGGGCCGGCGCAAGCUGCGGAUGGCGCUGGCAUGCCUGAUUGAGAGAGACGGGCUCCUCUUGCGGUUGAGGGAUAUCAAGUGCCCAGUGUACUGGCUGCAGGGCACUGAAGAUGUGGUCUACGGCAAGACUGUGCCGCAGGAGCACAUCGCCAUGUUCACGUCAUCCAAAGAGACGAAGCUUGAGUUCCUUGAAGGUGGUGGUCACUACCUAAACGCGACAAACCCAGCCGAGGUCGAGAAAUUUAUCCUGGAGAUGGUCAACAAGUACAAAUAG